ACCUCUUGAAAUGAUCGCGGGCAUUUUUAUUCCUGGCAGAUAGAGACUAUAAGGAACCGCCCCUGUUCGUCACGCCGUCAGCACGCAUCGGCACAGUCAUACAAGAGUCAGCCAUCUUUACAAAGGGCAAAGGACACUUAGAAACACGGAUGUUAUUUCUCUCUUUGUUAAAGUGACAGCGGAAGCGGAAGCUGAAAUGGCGGGGCGGAGGAGGGGAAGAAGCUUUUGACUUCCUAUCGUGAGGCCCCUUGUUUUGUUAGUGAACAAGGGAACUGGCUGACAUAUACAGAAAGAUCAUGGAUGAAUUCUCGGAUCCUGAUCUCGCUGUUCUGGGUGAAGAGUCCAAAUCGGAGAAUGGAGAGAAUGCUCCUGUGUAUUGCAUCUGCCGCAAGCCGGAUAUCAACUGUUUUAUGAUAGGUUGUGAUCAUUGCAAUGAGUGGUUCCAUGGCCACUGCAUUAACAUUACUGAGAAGAUGGCAAAGGCCAUUCGGGAGUGGUAUUGCAUGCAGUGCCGAGAGAGAGACCCUACACUUGAGAUUCGGUACAGGCACAAAAAGUCCAAGGAGAAGGACCGUGAGGGUGAGCGGGAAUGUUCCGAAAAGGAUGAAAUGCGUGCGAAGGCCCAGGAAUUGGCAAUGGAACAGAGUCGCAGCUCAAAGAUCAAGCGCUCAGCGCGGAUGUGUGGUGAAUGUGAGGCCUGCCGGCGCACAGAGGAUUGUGGGCAGUGUGAUUUCUGCCGUGACAUGAAGAAAUUUGGGGGCCCCAACAAAAUCCGCCAGAAGUGCCGCCUGAGGCAGUGCCAGGUUCGGGCUCGGGAGUCCUAUAAAUAUUUUCCAGCUUCGAUGUUACGGGGGCGGGAGGAUGACCUACAGAUGCUAAAGGAACAGCUAGAAUCGGCCGCCACACCUGAACCUCUGUCGGAUGAUGAUCUUCACAUAGACCCCGAUUUGUAUCAGGAACUUUGUUCAGGGGCCUUCGAUGAUCAGAACCUGCCAUGGCUCAGCGACACCGAUGAUGCGCCUUUCCUGGAUCCCGUGUUGCGGAAACGUGCUGUGAAGGUGAAGCAUGUCAAACGGAGGGAGAAGAAGUCAGAGAAAAAGAAGGAGGAGAAAUAUAAGCGUCACAAACAGAAGCAGAAGCACCGCGACAGGUCAAAGCAUGCUGAGCGGGUGGAUGCCAAAGAUCCUUCUUCUUUACAUCAGUGCCUUGGCCCUGGCUGCAUUCAAGCUGCCCGAGCCAAUUCCAAGUACUGCUCUGAUGAAUGUGGCAUGAAGCUGGCAGCAAACCGCAUUUAUGAGAUCCUCCCACAGCGAAUUCAGCAGUGGCAGCAAAGCCCAUGUGUGGCGGAAGAGCAUGGCAAGAAGUUGCUGGAGAGGAUACGGCGGGAGCAGCAGCAGGCCCGCCUCAAGCUGCAGGAAAUGGAGCGCAAAUUCCAUGAGUUGGAGGCUAUCAUUGUCCGGGCCAAGCAACAAGCCAUCAAGGAAGAUGAAGAGACCAGUGAAGGAGACAGCGAUGAUACAGACUUGCAGAUAUUCUGUGUUUCCUGCGGCCACCCCAUCAACCCUAAAGUUGCUCUGCGCCACAUGGAACGGUGCUAUGCCAAGUACGAGAGCCAGACGUCCUUUGGGUCCAUGUAUCCAACACGCAUUGAAGGAGCGACCCGCCUUUUUUGUGAUGUCUACAACCCACAAAGCAAGACCUAUUGCAAACGUUUGCAGGUUCUGUGCCCAGAGCAUUCCCGUGACCCCAAGGUGUCAGUGGACGAGGUGUGUGGCUGCCCCAUGGUAAAAGAUGUGUUUGAGCUCACUGGGGACUUCUGCCGUGUGCCCAAGCGGAAAUGCAAUAGACACUACUGCUGGGAGAAACUGCGCCGGGCUGAGGUGGACCUGGAGCGUGUGCGCGUGUGGUACAAGCUAGAUGAGCUGUUUGAGCAGGAGCGGAAUGUACGGAUGGCCAUGACCAGCCGGGCUGGCUUGCUUGCCCUCAUGCUGCACCAAACGAUCCAGCAUGACCCGCUGACCACAGAUUUGCGUACAAGCACUGACCGCUGAGCUGGUGCUUUUCUGAGUGCUGGGAGAGACCAUGAUUCAGUGCCAAUGGAACCAGAGAAACACACACUUUUAAAAAAUAUAUAUAUAAUUUUUUGUAUUCUCAUUUUUCUUUAUCCAAAUAGGAAGCACUGGUGUGGGUUUUGGCUCUGAGCCCCUCCUCCUCGCUCCAGUAGAAUCUAGCUGCCUUUGCCCUAGCCCCUGUGCAAGUGUCUGUUAGCCUUGCCUGUGUAUAGUAUUUUUGUUUUUAUAUUCAUGCAUUUCUAGAUGGAGACCUGGCAGGAGGGCUGAAGAGUAGAGAAGUAGUGGUUCCUCUUCUCCCUGCCCCCAAUCUCCCCCCCCCCCCCCCGCCGAAAGAAAGAAAGAAAGAAAAGAAUGUUUUGACUCGCUACUAGUUUGGGACAGUUGCUGCUCUUCCAAGCAGGUUUUUGAGUUGAUUUGUGAUGUUGAUACACAGCCAAGACUUCCCUAGGCACUCUGUACCCAUUGCCUUUCUACGUAGCUUUUGUCUGCUAAGAGACCUGGAGAGGGGAUUUAUAGGCUGUCCAGUCAAGACAAGGGAGACAGCCAUGCACAAACAUAUUGUCCCAAUGUGAGCUGCUGCCUGUGGCAGAAAAUUAAAAAAAAAAUAAAUCCUUGAAAUUUGG